UGCUGCCCUGAUCCCCGCGGGGGGCAACAGGAGACCGUAAUGGGAAAGGAAGGCGCGAGAAGGGGGGUCGGCUUCGUGGCAGGCAUCGGGAAGAAGAAGCAGGCGAGCGGAGACAGCGAGGGCAUCGAAGUGAGCUGGAGGGCAGCUGGGCUGACUGGCCUCUUCCCACGUGCCGCAGGGCUGUUCAACGGUGCAGCGGGGCUGGCCCCUUCCCGGGAGCAGCGGGGCUGGCCCUUUCCCCGGUGCAGCGGGGCUGGCGCCUUCCCGGGAGCAGCGGGGCUGGCCCUUUCUCCGGUGCAGCGGGACUGGCCCUUUUCCCGGUGCAGCGGGACUGUCCCUUUCCCGGGAGCAGUGGGGCUGUCCCUUUCCCCGGUGCAGCGGGGCUGUCUCUUUCCCGGGAGCAGCGGGGCUGGCCGCUUGGCAAGGCUCGGCCGCGGGCUCCCGGUGCGCUGUUGACGCCGCCCUGGCAAUCGCCCUCUCUUUUCCACAAUAGGGCCACCAGAUCUGCCAUUCAAGGGCUCCAACACCCUCCCAGGGAGGGGAGGGAGCUCUCGCCAUGAGUUUGGCUAAGCCUCUGUUUGAACACACACUUGGAGGUGCGGGAUCUCCGAGGAAACCUGCGGGAUUCCCUCGGGACGCGAAGGUAAGGAGAGCAGUCUGGGAGAGGCCGAUUUGCAGGCAAGCUCUGACACUUCAGGAAUGGACAGCAGCUACCUCAGCGUGAAGGAGGCAGGGGUGAAAGUGCCCCAGGACAGAGCCAGCACCGACCUCCCCAGCCCCAUGGACAAGGCCGACUCAGAAAGCAACAAGGGCAAAAAGCGGAGGAACCGCACGACCUUCACUAGCUACCAGCUAGAGGAGCUGGAGAAGGUCUUCCAGAAGACCCACUACCCAGAUGUCUAUGCCAGGGAGCAGCUAGCCAUGAGGACAGACCUCACUGAGGCUCGUGUACAGGUGUGGUUUCAGAACCGACGAGCUAAAUGGCGCAAGCGGGAGCGGUUUGGCCAGAUGCAGCAGGUCCGGACCCACUUCUCCACCGCCUACGAGCUGCCCCUGCUCACCCGUGCUGAGAACUAUGCCCAGAUCCAGAACCCCUCCUGGAUUGGCAACAAUGGAGCUGCCUCCCCUGUGCCUGCCUGUGUCGUCCCCUGCGAGACGGUGCCCUCCUGCAUGUCUCCCCAUGCUCACCCCCACGCAGCCAGUGGAGUCUCCGAGUUCCUUGGCGUCUCUGGCCCUGGCAGCCACGUGGGACAGACUCACAUGGGCAGCCUUUUUGGCACGGCCGGGAUGAGCCCCAGCCUCAAUGGCUACGAGCUGAACAGCGAGCCAGACCGCAAGACCUCCAGCAUUGCUGCCCUGAGGAUGAAAGCAAAGGAGCACAGCGCUGCUAUCUCCUGGGCAACAUGACAAGGUUGCAGCCCAGCACCCAUGAGACAUGGAGAGAGCACACGGGACAGCCGAAUAAAUCCAUCCGCUUGGACUCCAGACAUCUGUUGCCUCCUCGGGGAUCUGAAUGCAGCACUUUUAGCUACCCUAGGCAUAUAAAGUCCAUAUUUUAAUCUAAGUGGAGUGUUUCCAGCAGGAAUGCAGAAGCUCCCAGCUUCUUAGGAUCAGGCAAGGUGAGGGAGGCUGAGGAGCAGCACCUCUUCCAGCGAGAUCUGGGUUGGGAUGCAUCCCCUUGCACCGACACCUCCUCAAUAACCUAGGCAUAUUUUUCUCUCCUCUCUUUUUUUCCACCAGAUCUGCCUUUCCAAAGAGCAGGAGUCUGCUGGCAUUUCAGCGGCUUCCCCCUAUCCCAUCAACACCAUCCCCAUGCCCUCCCCCCCACCAAAAAAGAACCCUUCCCCUCCUAAUUGGUUGACAGUGUUGCUUAGAUCUGUUCUGCCCUGGGCAGGGGACUGGAUGGGGAAUCUGGCAUCAGCAAAGAGGCACCUCUCAUGCUGCCCCCGCCCUCUUAGCAGGAGCCAUGACUUCCCACAGCUGAAUAGGGAACAGGGUUGGAAAGAUAAACCAGGCUAGAAAAAAGGCAACAGUACCAUCUCUCCUUCUACCCUGCUUCCUCUCCAUCUGGCGGUCUGAGUUAAAGAACAGAGCCAUAGAGACCUGUGAAAGGGAUGCAUCUCUUCCCAAAACAGCACAGUGUCACCAUGCUCAGAGUAUUUGCCAGCUCUCUGGUCAUCUGGCUGGUGGUGCAGCCCAGCAAAUGAUAGCUUCUCAGCCCAGCUUGCUGUCCCAAGAAGUACUUGAGGCUUGCUUUGCCAUGGUCAUGGUCAAUGUUGAGGCUUAUGUGUGUGGUGGGGCGGCAAAAUGUUUCCUCUGGCUUUUACUGGGUUGGGAAUUACUAUACUCAAUUUUGAGACAACAGCAAUGGAAGAUGAAUACAGUUGCUCUGAGAUUCAGUGAGCUCAAGCGCUAGCACACAGACACAGUCGCAUGAGGUCAUCAGAUUCCUCAUACAUCUUGUCCUGGGAUCAUGUAGCUGCAAUCACAGCCCCUCACUGCCACUCUCCACCCUAGGGCCCUGCUGCGUACAGCUGCUGUGUGCAGGGGAGAGCACAGGUAGCUGGGAAGGGACCAAGGCUGGACAAGAUGCUGCUGCUCCAUCUCCAGCCACCUCGGAUCCUCUUCACCUUGCAGAGGAAGCAGGAGACACUUGUAUUUGCCUGAUUCAUCUGAACUAAUGUGUCUCCCUGCUUUUCUGUCCCAGUGCUCUUACCUGCACAGUGCUAAUUGUUAAGAUCUCCUUUGCAAGGCUAAAUCCUUUACAAGCUUUUCAAUGAUUUCAUAGUGCUAGAAAUAAUUUUGGAACAUCCUUUCACCCCACUGAAUUCUCGCUAAGGAGAAGCUGAAGGUCAGCUGAGCACUAUCACCCGAGCAGAGUGGCUAUGCAGGCUCAGUUUGGGCUGGGCAGCCAUCUCCAAGGUUUGUGAGGGAACAACAGGAUUUUACUCCCAUAAAAAUUUGUGUGUCAUCCUGCCCUCCCUCUUCAUGCUCAGUGUUAGGGAAUCUUGUAGUUUAAGAUCCAGGAAUAUUUAGUGGUGUUGGAAAAGGCUCCAAAUAAGCUACAACCAAAUGUAAGGUUUCGGGUUAACAAGGUAUACAAGUACUUCUAUAGUGCCUGAACUGCCAAACACUACAUAAAUGAUACACCGUCAAACAUAAUAUAUUUAUUGGAACAAGAAAAUACCAGUAGCACUGUCUCUUUUAUGUCCUCAGAAAUGCUAAGAAAUGCUUUGCUUUGUACACACAGGGAACCAGCACACGUUUAACCAGACCAUGUGUAUGAUCAGGGCGUCUCCCAUCAUGAGCAGCCUUCUGUCUCAGCCUAAACAUUCAGCUGACCAAUUGGGUAUGGUGCUCAUCACUGAACCAGAUAGGAUCACGCUGAUCAGUUGGAUGUGUAUAUCAUCGCCACUGGGCACCCCCGACUCCACUGAGGGUCCUGGGCCACCCAGGGACUGGUGGCCGGAGGCAAUUCCUCCAGCAGCUUUUCUGCAGGAAGCUGAGUUCAGUACUGAGAGCAUUUUCCCAGGUACACCAGGGAAGAAGAUGCUUCCCAUGGUCAGCUGUCAAUCUUGUGAAGGGCCAUUGCCUGCACAGCCCAGUAACAUUAGUGAUGAGGCAAAUUAACACCAGGCAGAGCUGAGGAGUGGGCAGUGGGGCUGGUAGGCACACAGGGAUCGGUCCCACGUCACCUGCAGGUACCAAAGCUAUGUGUGGUGGGGGGCUGUAGCCACUCAAGAGCUUGACUGCAUUCCCUACUGAAGUUCAAGUGUAGCUUUUCCUCUUGGACUUCCAUGGGGCCAGGACUUCACCCAAGCUGUUUAACAGCCCAAAGGAUUAAGUGCUGUCUUCCUUGUCUUGUUAGAAAGAGAGGAGUAUCUCCUGGCAGCAGACGUGGCAUUUACAGAGGCUUGGCUCCCACCUUCUCUCAUCUUAAAAUCCAUGUGCAAAGCACAUGUUAGACUCACUCAAUCUAUUUUAAACGCCACCACACGUGCCCAGCCCUGAGCCUGCCUGGAAACAUCACGAGGUGAGGGGUGAUGCUGUUCCCUGGAGUCCCCUGCUGCAAGGCUUCCUUCCCGCCACCUGCCAUGGGUGGCCAACUGCUUGCUGGCUCUGCCUCUCCUCUUCUGGUGCUGCUGGCAUACCAGCAUGGCCCCUCAAGACACCUGUGGGUCAUGUUGGAAGGUGUCCUUCUCAAGUGUCUCUGAAUGCAGCUAUUCAGGCAGUUUUUAAGCUAUAUGCAUCUGUAUUUACACACAUUUUUAAAUUAAUUUAAAAGGCUUUUUUAAAAACUAGCUGUUAAAUUAACAAGAAAAACUGUAUAAAUAUAUAUAUACUUAUAUGUAUCUUAAUCUAGCCAGCCUGCAGCUACUGCGUUUCUUAAGGGUCACAGGGUCAGUGCUGUUCUUGCAAUCUAAAGUUACCACAAUUAUGUCUUUUUUAAUUAUUAUUACUACUAUUAUUUUACUACCUUUCAACUCUAUUUAUGACUUUCUUCUCUAUUUAUUUUUUUUUUUUUAGUAUUUUACUCUUGUCCGUACGUUGGGUUGCAAUUCCCUGGCUGGGACUUCCCUUCAAAGCUGCAGGCCUUGUCCCUAGCCACUGUUAAAAUGUCUCACGAGCUCCAGCUGCUCUGACACCCAUCGUGCUACUGCCUUCGGUGGCAUCUCUGCAGGUGCAGCACUUGCAGCACCCAGCUAGCUGGCCUGUCUCGGCUGCCCUCUGUAGUCUCACGGAAGUAGCUUUCUCUCAAGCUGUCCUUGCCCUGCAGCAGGUAUCCUACAAGGGGGCUGCCUUACAUUGCCCAUGGUUAGAAACAUCAGAGAUGUCCCGGAGCUUCGAGACCAGGAGGCAAAUGGCGAGAGAAGCACGGGUUCCCGGCAUUGGCUUACAGGUGGUCAGAUGACACUUCCUGCUGAGUACUCGGAGGCACCUCUUGCCUACAAGCAGUAGUUAGUGCUUCGGUAGCAACUAUAAACCAGUAGUGAAGCACAGUUGGGGUUUGCUGGUCCUGUGGUGCCCAAGUUCUAAGGGUUGCUGUGCCUCAACAAGCCCAUGAGGAGAGGGGCGAGACAGGGGCCAAGUCAGCCUCCAAAUGCAUCGCCCACUGCCAGCACUGUCACCUGCCCAUGCUCCUAGCAGGCUCUCCAGCCAGAUUCCUUUUGCCUCCUCUUGAACAUACUGCUUGGUUCAGGUCUCACUGCCCCAGCACCUCUCUGGGUAGAGCCCACUGGAAGAGGACCAAGACAGCAAGGUGAAGGAGAACCUGCUUCCCUUUCCUCUAAAGCUCACGGUAGUGCGUGGGCCACUGCUGGAGUGCACAUCUCUGCCAGAACACACCUGGCCUGAGCUGUGAGCAUGGGCACAGCAUUAUGGGAAAGCCUCAUGCAGUGGCACAUGAGGUCACAGAGCUCCAGUACACACGGUUUUACCUGCUCCAUCAGCCAUGAGGAUGCAGCACCAACCUGGGCCAGGCAUAGCUGGUGUGCUGACCAAGCAGGGCUGCCGGCUGGGUUCCUCCAGCAGAGGAGGUGUUUCGGGGCAGGGAGGCGCGCUUCCCCAUUUCCCAGAGGACACCCAGACUCGUCAGCACAUUGUAAAACACUCUCCAAACAAACAAAAGCAAAAAGGUAGUUUCCUGGAAAAGGUUUGAAAAAUAAUCAAGCAGAGGCAGCCCCUUGUGUUUAUUUUGCUGCUCUGACUGACACAGCAAAAAGCAAACAGACUGACGGAGAAAUUAAACCCAAAUGGAAAGAGGGGGCAAAAUCAGAUGGAAAAUCAUUCAGCCCUUUGCAGAUUCCUGAAGGGAGCGGUCUUGCACCCCCCUUAAUUCUUUGCUGGUAGCACGGUUCCCCACUUCCCCCACAUAGCUAGGUAGGUAGGUAGAGUUAGGACAUUUGUACUACUGAUUUUGAAGGACAGUUUUCAGUGUAUAAUAAUAUAUCAGUUUAGGUGUGCAGUGUUUGAAAGAGAUACUGGGAGAAAGAAAGAAAACAAACCUCAAUCAAUAUUACUGGGUUUUUGUUGUAAAAUAUUGUAACCUUGUAUAAACACAAACUGGUUUAUUUUUUUCUUUCGCUUAAUGGCCUGGGGUAGAACACUAAAAAAAAAAGUUUUAAAAAGUUCAAGGAAAAAAAAAUAAAAAAAAAUUAAAAAUGUUGCCAUGUGAGGUUUGUGUGCCAUGCAAUGUUAUUGCCUACGCAGCCAUGUAUUAUCAGUUAAUUACAGCGGAAUAUUAAAAAAGAACAAACAGUCUUGCAGCUUGGUUCUUUCCCCCCCCUUUUUUUUUUUGAAGUAAGUUAUUGCACUUGCAGCAUUUUUGUUCUUUUCUUUUUUAUUUUGGGGGGACACGACUGGAAUUUCUGGGCACCAGUUUUUAUUUUUCCAGCCUCUGAAAGGAGAGGCAUCACUGGGAAGGAUCCCACUUCCCCAGCACCCCGGCCAAGGGGGCAUGAACACUGUUGUUGCUGUUUUG